AUGUCGUCCAUAUUCUCGAAGAGCGUCUUCGGGCUGUCUUUGGUGGCUGCCCUUGCCUCUCCGGCAGUCAGUGGUAUUGCCUUUGACUACGGAGCCGACAAGGUCCGUGGAGUCAACCUCGGUGGCUGGCUGGUGUUGGAGCCCUGGAUCACACCCUCGAUCUUUGAUAGUGCCGGUGACGCCGCCGUUGAUGAGUACACCCUCUGUGCCGCACUUGGAGCAGACUGCCGGGAUGUUCUCUCGGAGCACUGGAACACUUUUAUCACCCAGGAUGAUUUCAGUCAGAUUGCAGCAGCCGGUAUGAACCAUGUUCGGAUUCCUGUUGGCUACUGGGCUCUGCAGCAUCUUGACGGCGACCCCUACGUCGAUGGCCAGCUGGAUUACCUCGAUGCUGCAAUUGGCUGGGCUCGUGCUGCUGGCCUGAAGGUGGUGGUUGACCUGCACGGCGCCCCUGGAUCUCAAAAUGGCUUUGACAACAGUGGAAAGCGUGGUGCCAUCGGUUGGCAGCAGGGCGACACCGUGGAGAACACCAAAAUCGCUCUCCAGGCUCUCGCUGCGCGGUAUGGUGGUGAUACCGAUGUUGUCACUGCAAUCGAGGCUCUGAACGAGCCGAGCGUGCCCGGUGGCGUGAAUGAGGAUGGCCUCAAGCAGUACUACUAUGACUCCUGGGGUGUUGCCCGUGAGGCAAGCCAGGAAACCACGGUUAUUCUCCAUGAUGGGUUCUUGCCUACCGAAUCCUGGAACGGCUUCAUGAGCGCGUCCACUGGCGUCUAUUAUGUGAUGAUGGAUACUCACCACUACGAAGUGUUCGACGACGGUCUGCUUGCUAUGGACGCCACGUCCCAUGUCAGCAAUGCCUGUGGCUUUGUUAAUGACCACGUUCUCCACUCCGACAAGUGGACUAUUGUUGGCGAAUGGACUGGUGCCAUGACCGACUGCGCCAAGUAUCUCAACGGCAAGGGAAUUGGCGCCCGCUGGGACGGAAGCUACACGGGCACUGCAGGGUUCGGCAGCUGUGACGGCAAGUCUGUCGGCAACAUCGACACUCUCACCACUGACGAUCGUACCAACAUCCGCCAGUUCAUUGAGGGUCAAUUGGAUGCUUAUGAGAAGGGCAAUGGCUGGCUCUACUGGACCUGGAAGACCGAAGGUGCUCCCGAAUGGGACAUGCAGAUGCAGCUCGCCGGUGGUGUCUUUCCCAACCCGGUCACCAGCCGCCAGUUCCCCGGCCAGUGCUAA